AUGGUUAUGAAUGCGUGAUGUACGCUAAGCUUUAUUCAUGGAACAUAGACUACUAGUUAAUCUAUGGUCAUAGAGUAUAUCAAUAUAUAGUGAGCUGAGGAGUCUGUGGACGAUAGGCUUUUUAGUCAUUACAUUUAUUAAAUGUGGUAAAACGUAUAAAUAGACAAGUAAUUUAGUUUAAUAAAGAGGAUUAAUUAUAAGAUUAAUUUUGAGAUAAAUUUCGGAACCCGUACGUAAAGAUAAAAGAGUUGAGUAUCAUAUUUCAAAUUUGCCGCGUAAAUACACAAUUCAAGUUCGAUCCUGUAUCAGACAUCGGCCAUUUUUAUUUUUCUUACAAAGAGACGCGAGAUUGGAAAACCAUAAAACGCUGAAUCAGUGUAAAGUUAAUAUAAUUAAACGGGCAACCACACGAGGUCACGAUCAGUAUUUUACUUCUAAGUGCUUACAGAAAUUAGUAAAAGAAUAAUUGACUGCAAAAUGGAAGAAAUACUCUUAAAUCGUUUGUCCACUUUUGUCAAAGAAGUGAAAUCUCUCUCGGAUCAAGCUCUCAAUUUAUGUCAAACUCUUCAUGAAAAUGAUGAAAACUUAGAAUCAGCAAGGAUUGUUAGGUCUAAAUUGAAAGCAAUUUUAUCUCGGUUUACCACGGAAUUAUAUAAUUAUUUCAAAAUUUGUAACGACCCUAAUCCAGACGAGAUAUCAGAUUUGACUAAUGAUCAACUUCGAGGUGAAGAAAAUUUAGCAGAGCUAGAGGCAAGAUUAGCCAUGAAGAGUGAGAAGUCAGUGAUGUUACCUCAGCAAAGUGAUUAUUCAUCAUACAGCAAACUACCAGAUUUGCAUUUACCAGAGUUUAGUGGUAAUUUGCUUGAAUGGCACCAAUUUUGGGAUCAGUUCACAUCAAACAUGAACCGAAGAAAAUUGAAUGAUGUCGACAAGUUGCUGUAUCUCAAAAGUUCUCUCAAAGGAGAUGCUGCUAGACUUAUAGAUGGACUUGAAACAACAAAUCGAAAUUAUCAGAUUGCUGUCAAUGCUUUAAAGGCUCGAUAUGGGAAAGAAAAUGAAAUUGUAUAUGCGCAUCAUAACGCUCUAAAGAAAAUCAAGCGAGCGGAAAAGAUGGAGGAUUGUAAAGGAACGUUGGAUGAGAUAGAACGACAUCUCCGAGUACUUCAAUCUAUGGGAGAAAAUACCGAUUCCAAUCAAAUGCGAUUUCUUAUUAUGGAAAAGUUUCCAACUGAGAUUAUCUAUGAAAUGAAAAUAAGAUUGGACUCUGACCGGACAGAGUCAGUCGAAGACAUAUUGACACAACUUUCAAGAGUGAUCUCAGUUAAAGAGGAAGCACGAAUGAUAACUCAGGAAAGUACCAUGGAAGGAGCGCCACAAUACACUGUGGAAACUUUACAUGUAAAGGAAACUGUUCUUUAAAACAAAGGACAUUCUUCUAAGAUGAAUAAUACUAAUGAAUUCAAACAUAAUAAAGGCCGUUGGAACAAUUUUAAACUUAAAGUGAACAAUAGGUAUCAGAGAGAGAAAACCUUCCCAACUAAAAGAAAAUUUGAAACAGAAAGAAGUGGUUAUAGCAAAUUUACUAAAGAAAAGAAAAGAAGAUGGUCAUGUAUUUUCUGUGGGGAACACCAUAACAAUAAAGAUUGUACCAAAGCAAGAACCAUUGAAGAAAGGAAAGCUAGAUUGAGAGGUAGAUGUUUUAUUUGUUUUAAACCAGGACACAUAAUGCGUAAAUGCACAGUAAAAAGGAAAUGUGAAUUUUGUGAGAAACAAGGGUCUCAUCAUCAAUCGUUAUGUCCUAGUAAAUUUCAAGAAAAACCGGAACAGAAAGGAUCAACCAGCACUAGUGUAAUGCACACCAGUAGAAAGGGAACUACUUUAUUGCAGACUGCGGUGGUUGAAGUUCGAGGAUAUGGUAAUAAUACAAAACUAUGUCGAAUUCUAAUGGAUUGUGGUAGUCAAAGGAGCUAUAUCACUGAAAGGAUUGCCAAGGAUUUGAAUCUUCCAGUUGAAGAGCAAAAUAAUCUUUCAAUAUUUACGUUUGGAGCACAGAAGCCCAAGGAAAUAGAAAGUCCAUUAGUUAAAGUAAGGUUAGUUACACAGAGUAAAGCGAUUAGGACUGUAUGUGCCAACGUGGUACCUUCAAUAUCUCAGGGAGUUCCACAUCCAGAAGAGGACUUACUUGACUGCAAGAUCAAGGAAAAUUACAUCUUAGCAGAUAAUGGUACAUUGUCAGACAGAGUAGACAUUUUACUAGGAAAUGAUUAUUAUUACACGAUUAUGUCAACGAAGAAGGUUCGUAUUGCAGAAGACUUAUACCUCAUUGAAUCGGAAUUCGGAUGGAUGCUCUCGGGCAAAAUUUCAGAGAAUAACAACACAGUUGAACAACUGUCAGUAUUGACAUAUUGUCAAUCUUCAUGUGAAGUCAGACUGAAUCAACCAGAUCCACCAUUAGACAAUGGAGACUUAAAACGUUUGUGGGAUUUGGAGUCGAUUGGAAUCACCGAUUCACCAAAAUUAAGUCGCGAUGAAGAAGCUAUCAAACACUUCAAUGAAACAACUGAGUACAGAGAUAACAGAUAUUAUAUUAGUUGGCCAUGGAACGACUAUCCAACAGACUUACCAUCUAACUUUGGAUUAGCGUUCGGACGUCUAGUAAGUUUAGUUAAAAGAUCAGACUCUGAAACUCUAACAAUAUAUGAUGAAACAUUAAGAGAACAACUGGAAAAUGAAAUCAUUGAAGAAGUCCCAAACACAGAGGAAAAGGAUCAUCCAAUACAUUACAUACCAUUUCAUGGAGUGUUGACACCGGGAAAACCUUUGAGAAUCGUAUACGACGCUUCAGCAAAGACCAAAGAUAACAAGAGUUUAAAUCAAUAUCUUUAUUGUGGACCACUAUUAUUAGAAGAUUUAACAGGAUUACUAAUUAAAUUUAGAUGUUAUAAGGUUGGAAUAACAGCUGAUGUUGAAAAGGCAUUUCUACAAAUUGGACUUAAAGAACAGGACAGAGAUGUCACAAGAUUUCUAUGGUUAAAAGAUACCAAAAAACCAGUAACAAAAGAUAAUCUUCUUUACCUUAGAUUCACUCGCGUUCCAUUUGGAAUAAUAUCAAGCCCAUUUAUUUUAAAUGCUACAAUCAAACAUCAUCUGAUGAACGCCAAAAAUAAAAGUGUUAGAAGAUUAGCAAAUGACAUUUAUGUAGACAACGUUGUGACUGGAGCCAACACUGCAAAGGAAGUCGAAGAGUUAUAUAGAAACUCAAAGGAGGCAUUCCAAGAAAUCUCAAUGAACUUGAGACAAUGGAGUUCUAAUUCAACGGA